GGCUCGUGUUAUGUAUGAUUUUGCUGCUGAGCCUGGAAACAACGAGCUGACCGUCAGCGAAGGGGAGAUCAUCGUCAUUACCAACCCGGAUGUUGGUGGAGGCUGGUUAGAAGGAAAAAACAGUCAAGGAGAGAGAGGACUUGUUCCAACAGAUUAUGUUGAGAUUAUAACCGAAGGUGCAAAAGAUGGAAUUAGCUGCGGCAACUCCUUAGCUGACCAAGCCUUUUUUGAUUCCCUUUCUUCAAACACAGCUCAGACCAACGCUGCUGCGAAAAGCAGUAAUCAGGCAAACAAUGCCAGUGAUCCUUGGUCCAGCUGGAAUGCUGGGAAGUCUGGUAACUGGGAUAAUGGAAAUGCUGUUGACAGCUGGGCGACAAAACCUGAAAGUGCAGUUGGCCAGAGACACAAUGCUUCAAAUAACUGGGAGGCAGCAGCAGCAUUUGGUCAUCCACAGGCAUAUCAAGGACCAGCUGCUGAUGACGAUGAUUGGGAUGAUGACUGGGAUGACCCAAAAUCAACUUCACCGUCAUACCUUGGUUACAAGGAGACUGAGGCAUCAGAGGCUGCGGGGAUGCAACGUGGAAAUUCUCGUGGAGCUGCUAUGAAGUUACCGCUUAACAAAUUUCCUGGAUUUGCAAAACCUGGGAUGGAACAGUAUCUGUUGGCAAAGCAGCUAGCAAAACCCAAAGAUAAAAUUCCCAUAAUUAUUGGUGAUUAUGGCCCAAUGUGGGUUUAUCCUACCUCUACAUUUGACUGCGUGGUGGCAGAUCCAAAGAAAGGUUCUAAAAUGUAUGGUCUUAAGAGCUACAUUGAAUAUCAACUGACCUGCACUAACACUAAUCGAUCUGUCAACCACAGAUACAAGCACUUUGACUGGUUGUAUGAACGUCUCCUGGUUAAAUUUGGAUUAGCCAUUCCAAUCCCAUCUCUUCCAGACAAGCAAGUAACAGGGCGCUUUGAAGAAGAAUUUAUCAAAAUGCGUAUGGAGAGACUGCAAGCUUGGAUGACGAGGAUGUGUCGCCAUCCUGUUGUCUCAGAAAGCGAAGUUUUCCAGCAGUUUCUCAAUUUCCGUGAUGAGAAGGAGUGGAAAACUGGAAAGCGGAAGGCAGAAAAAGAUGAAACUGUAGGAGUCAUGAUCUUUUCUACAAUGGAACCAGAAGCUCCUGACUUGGAUAUGGUAGAAAUAGAACAGAAAUGUGAUGCAGUGGGUAGGUUCACCAAAGCGAUGGAUGAUGGAGUUAAAGAGCUGCUGACAGUGGGACAAGAGCACUGGAAGAGGUGCACAGGGCCACUACCCAAGGAAUACCAGAAGAUAGGAAAAGCACUGCAGAGCCUGGCACUGGUCUUCAGCACUAGUGGAUACCAAGGAGAAUCUGAUCUCAAUGGAGCAAUAACAGAGGCAGGAAAAACCUAUGAAGAAAUCGCCAGCCUUGUAGCAGAUCAGCCGAAGAAGGAUCUUCACUUUUUGAUGGAAACAAAUCAUGAAUAUAAGGGAUUUCUCGGUUGCUUCCCUGACAUCAUAGGAGCUCAUAAGGGAGCAAUAGAAAGAGUGAAGGAAAGUGAUAAAUUAGUUGCAACCAGUAAAAUAACGCCGCAAGACAAACAGAACAUGGUGAAACGCGUGAGCACCAUGGCUUAUGCACUACAAGCUGAGAUGAAUCACUUCCACAGUAACCGGAUUUAUGACUACAACAGUGUCAUUCGUCUGUAUCUGGAGCAGCAGGCACAGUUUUAUGAAACGAUUGCACAGAAGCUGAGGCAGGCACUCAGCCGCUUUCCUGUGAUGUAGAGAAUAAGGAGUAGUCAACAAUAAAGAACAACUCCGAAGUGCUUUUCUGAUUUGGGGGUGAUGCUAAUAAAAACUUUAGCCUUUGUCAGCCAAA